AUGGACGAUUUCAGCCGCACUGCUCUCGGUGGUGGUAGUGGAGGUAAUGGAGGUAAUGAUGGUGGUACAAGCGGCGCUAUCGGUGGGCUUCUCACCAGUGGCAACAACAACGGUGGUAUAGGUAGUGGAAACGAUUCCGGAACAGGAACCGGAACUACAACGACGACGACAUCGACUGUUCUAACGGCGAACCCUGGUUCGAGCAGUUCCAAUUUUACGCGCAUUCGUUCUACAACACGCUCCACGAUGGCCAAAGCAACGGCUGUGCGCGUUUCGACGGGCAAAAAGUUCAGCCAAUUGUUGAUCAUCACGCCAGCGGUGGCAAUAGAUAGUAACGAGCACGACGAUUAUCGUGGACCAUUCAAUUCCUCGUCGCUCGACAGUGGUUGCGGUGGCAGCAGUGAGGGUAGUCUGUCCGACGAUACACCCGAUCAACCGAUCGGUUCCGAUCCCGAUCGACGUCGUCGUCGACGUCACUCUGGCGAUCGCGAGCGACAGCAGCAAGGCACAGGUGAUCAAAGAAACAAUAAUGCCGCACGUCUACUACCACUGCUUGGACGACACACUCGGGCAGGGGAUGCACCGUCUGGCGUCCAGGCUCAGUCCUCUGGAACGGCGGCUGCUGGGUGGCGCUGGUGUGGGCUAAUCUGCUCGGCGGUCAAAUGUUUCCGUGCUGCUGCCACUGCCACCGGUACAUCAACGUCCACGAAUGCUGGUGCUAAACAACGAGGAGGACCGUUCGGUGCUGGAAGUACGAUUCGCUACACCUCAGCAGGCGAUGGCACCGAUCAGCAGCAUCACCAAACGCAGCAACCACAGCAAUAUCAAUACGACGCUGCCUCACCGUUCGCACACACUCGCACCGGUGGACGGCACGGUACCAAGCCGCGGUUCAGUAGCGAUCGUGUUUACGAGUACACGAUCAAAAGCUAUCGCCACCCGCAACGUGAUCGUCGUUCGCGUAGCCGAUCGGCUUCAGUUUCUUCCGAAUUGUCUGCAAUAUCAACUGCUACUGGUGCUGUCGCUACCACGGAAUCAACGGAUCAUGAUCAUAUCAAUAACAACACCGGAACCGGGGGCAGCGGUAGCAAUGGAAACAUACUGCUAAGCUCUACACUACUGCCAGGAUCGUCGGGUACAAUCAUCGUGACCACGACCACUAGCGAAGAGGACGAAGAGGAAACAAUCGGUGGAACGGCAGGGGUGCAUGAUCGCAAGAACAUCAUGUACAAGUUGUGA